AUGGGAGACGAGUCACAUUCGAAGCCCUCUGAUCCCCGAAUCGAUUACAUCAGCGAACAGACUUCCACGCUGCUUCCCUGUAAACUCGAAAUCGCUCAGCGAAUCAAGGACGAUGAAAAAGGUGUAAAGCUGCUCAAUGGCUUUUUCGAUGAUCCCUCAGAGAAAUUGCUUUGGAUAUACUUGCAAUCGAAAGAUCAAUGCGUUGUGACAGCUUCUCCGCCUCAAAAUUUCAAAACAAAGGCGAUCUAUUUGUUGAAGAGCAAUGGAUCCGUUUCCAAGGAAAACUUUGUUCAAGAUAUGAGUUUCUGUGAAUUUGUUGGGCAGCCACUUGAGCAAUUCUUGGCUAUCUCGCAAGAAGUUUAUUUUCCUCUUUUGACUAACCCAAGGAACCAAGAAGGCUGGCCAGAAGUGAUCACGAAAGAGGUGACCGAAAGUAUUCAUCGCUUUCUCGCGCAAACGUACAUCACUAUCGGCAACACGCAGGGGAAAACCCUUUUGCCUUUACCACCAAAUCAUGGUGCAGCGCUGAUGGAUGCAGCUGGAAGGGACAAAGAUAGAAUUCAUGUUCUGGAAUCUGCAGUUGUCAUGUGGACCAAGCAAAUCAAGAAUAUUCUGAAGAUGGAUCCUGAAAGUGCGCUCAAGCAAGGAAAUCCUGGACCAGAAGUCGAACUAGAAUUUUGGAAAAACAAGGCAGAGAAUUUGAACUCUUUGCACAAUCAACUUGUUGGUGAAAAGAUUAGGAAAGUUGUCAAGGUCCUGGAGGUCACCAAAAGCACCUAUUUUCCCGCGUUCAAUCGAUUGUGCAAAGAAGUAGCACAGGCAAGGAUGGAGGCAAACGAUAAUCUUGUGUACUUGGAGCCGAUGGUCAAAUAUGUCAACAUGCUUGGAGCUGAACAAUUCCAAGAUUUAAUUCCACAUUUCAAACCGACCAUGCAUACACUUCUUUUGAUAUGGAAGAAUUCAAAAUUUUACAAUACGCCAGCUCGUUUUGUUGUCAUUUUGAGAGAAUUAUGUAACACUUUGAUCUCACAAGCCUGCAACUUUGUAUCUGGUGCGACUCUUUUCGAGAAUAUUGAAGAACCUCAAGACGCUGUUGAUAAUCUAAAGCUGUGCUUGAAGGUUGGGGUUGCAUUUAAAAGCGCAUACUUCGACUACAAGAGCAAAGCAAACAUAGAAUGUCCUUCAAAUCCAUGGAGAUUUCAGAACUCAGCUCUUUUUUCACGAUUAGAUUCAUUCCUCGAACGUUGCCACGAUGUUUUGGAUCUGAUGCAGACCAUUUUGCAAUUUAACAAGCUAGGCGGUGAUCGUGGUGUUGAAAUUGGUGGAACUAAAGGAAAAAUGUUGACGACCAGCGUUCGACAGACUCACGUUGAUUUCCUUCAGUCUAUCAAAGUAUUUAUUGAAGCAAAAUAUGAUAUCAUGGACGUUGAGUCCAAGCAGUUUGAUGAUGACUUUUACACUUUUCGCUGCCAGAUCAAUGAACUUGAGAGGAGGCUUGCUUCAGUCAUCACACAGGCUUUCGAUGACAGCGUGACAGUUCUAAUGAGGUUCAAGUUGUUAGACAGCUUUGAGGGUUUGUUGGAAAGGGAAAUCAUACAGGCAGACCUUGAAAAGAAGAAUGCAGAUCUGUUGAAUGCCUACGCCAUGGAUCUAAAACAAGUUCAGGAGAUAUUUGUCAUGUUCAAGGACAACCCUCCUAUCAAUGAUAAUGCUCCUCCAAGAGCCGGAGCGGUGACGUGGGUGCGAGGAUUGAUGGAGAGAGUUCAGGAACCGAUGAAUCGACUAAAGGCUAUGAACAAGUCAAUACUUGAUAGCGAGGAAGGAAAAGAGUGCAUUCGUGCCUACUCUGCUAUCUUGAAUAGUCUCCAGGAAUACGAACGCCAACACCGAGAAGAAUGGGCUUUGGAGAUUGAAAACACUUCUGCUGAGAAACUGAAGCAGUCUCUUUUGAGACGUGAUCCGAACACAUCUUGGGUGUACGUCAACUUUGAUCCUGCCUUAGUCUGUCUUCUCCGUGAAACCAAAUAUUUCUUGUUGUUGGGCUUGGAGGUCCCUCAAUCUGCAAUGACGAUAUAUUCUAUGGCGGAAACUUAUCGUCAACAGACUGGAAAUCUUGAUUUGAUUGUCAACAUUUAUAACUCAAUCCUUGACACGGUUCUUGAUGUUGAGAGGCCGUUGAUCCAGCAGAAGCUUGAUGGGAUCGACAAAGUUCUUCUUAAAGGUAUAAAACAUCUCAAUUGGAAAAGCAACCAGAUCUCGGAUUUCAUCACUCAGGCAAUGUCAUUGGUAAAAGAGACCAAGGCUAUUUUGACCGAUAUUAAGAGCAACGUGGCAUCAACCCAAUCUGUUCUAAAUACAUGGUCUGAAAAUGUUAUGAUGGAUAGGAAAGCUGGAAAGACCUACACUGUGGACGAGUUUCAACAAAUUCACUUCACCCUUAUGAAGAAUAGGGAGAAAACUAUUGAGAAAGGUGGCGAAGAGCUUCACAAGCACUUGGAUGCAUCGAACAAAGUUAUUGCAAUUGCACGGAGCAAGCCGGAAUGGCUUGCCUAUGUUGAUUACGUGAAUGACAUCAUCAUUGAAGGGUUGGUUGUUGCAAUUGUCAAAUCUGCGCAAUACCUGCGAAAUCAGAUGGACAAAGAGGAAAUUGCAAAUCAGGAACUGGCUCCUCUUAUUGAAGUCAACAUGAAGCUGGUUGGGAAAAGUGUGAAUUUUGAGCCUCCAAUGGUAUCUCAGGCAAGUGGAAAGGGAAUCAGACAUAUGGUCACUGGAUGGCUGAAUCAGUUUAUCAAUAUUUCCACACUAGUAGCUCGUAUUGACACACCAGAAGAGGAUGGCGACUAUCUUGCGGAUAUGCAUGAGAAUGGUUCUAUUCGUCUUGUAACCAGUCAAGUGAGUAGAAACCUUGCAAUUAGCGAAAAAGAUUGUGAAGACUUUCGUCAAGAAUUUGAAAAGUUUUCUUUCUUGUGGAGGCAUGACAUCAACGAAGUUUUCAAUCUGUUCUUGAAUGGCGAAGAUCCUCCAGAGUUCCAUAAAUGGCAGAAAUUUGCCGAAGGUGCAUCAUCUCCAUCGUUGGAAGCUUUUGAGGAGCAGAUCAUCAAGUACAAGAGUCUUGAAGACCAAGUAAGGGAGCUUCCUGCUACCAAAAUUGUCGGAUGGCUCAAAAUUGAUGCUCGCCCUGUCAAGAAUUCAUUGACAACACUUAUCUCCAAGUGGUCGUAUAAAUUCUUGGAGUUUCUUCUAAACAGAGUAAUCACCUCGGUGCAAGAUGUAUCCUCAUUCGUUGAAUCAACAGAUCAGAAAUUAGACAUGGAAGUCAGUGAUCAAGACUCUUUGCUUGAAGUGAUGAAUUUUCUCACUCAAAUUCGUCGAAGAACCGAGGCCAUCGACAACAUGUUUGAGCCUUUGAGACAGACUUGUUCAUUGCUAAAGAAGUACAACAUUACAGUGGAAGAACCUGUUCUUGAAGCCUUGGAUCAUGUACCUCAGGCAUGGGAUAAGCUGAAGAAGAAAGCUGUAGUUACCAAAGAGAAGCACAGCAAAGCUCAAACAGCAGAAGCAGAAAAACUAAAGAAGAAGUCCAAAGAAUUCGAGGAGCGUGUUGCGGAGUUCUUUGCAUACUUCAAGAAAGAGAUGCCUUUCACUUUCACAGAACAAUACGACAUUUCGUACGCUACAAUUGAUCGUGUUCAUCAUGGACCGAGAGAUGAAAAGAAUCAGUUGGGAAGUGUGCGAGAGCUUAUCACUGAUGCAAAGAGAUUGAAUGAGCUGCAGGAGUUGUUUGAGCUUUAUGUCAUCGAGUAUAGAGAGGCCAUGCAGUGCGAGAAGGAAGCACGAAUGUUGAAGGAAUUGUGGGACAUGAUUUCGAUGAUAGUUGACACAUUCAAUCUGUGGAAGAAGACGAGAUGGGAUGAAAUUGAUGUAGAGUACCUCAGUGAAGCAUGCAAGACUCUUGCAAAGCAUGUGAAAGGGAUGAACAAGAAUUUAAAGAACUGGCCAGGAUACAAGGGUUUGGAGGAUACUGUGAAGAACAUGCAGACAUCGCUACCUCUGGUUGAGGAGCUGCACCAUCCUGCUAUGCGCGAAAGGCAUUGGAAGCAGUUGAUGAAGACAACCGGCGUCUCAUUUGUGAUGGAUGAAAACUUCAGCUUGGGAGCUCUGCUUGCUCUUAAACUCCAUCAAUUCGAAGAUGAUGUCAUGGAAAUUGUAGAUAAAGCUCAGAAAGAAUUGACGAUUGAAAAACAGCUCAAGAAAAUUGAAGAUACUUGGAAGGUUCAGAGCUUCAGCUUUGAUUUGCAACCAGAUGGAGAAAUGUACCUCUUGAGAAUUGACGAAAGUGUAAUGGAGUGUCUCGAAGAUAGCGUAGUACAGCUUGGAAAUCUUCAAGGGAGCAAGUAUGUUCAGAACAAUGCUUCAUUCCUUGAGAUCGUCUCGAAUUGGCAGCGCAAAAUUGGUAAUGUUGAUAGUGUUAUUCAGGCCUGGACUGAGGUUCAAAAGAAAUGGCAAAAUCUGCAGAGUAUUUUUGUUGGAUCGGCAGAUAUCAGGGUACAACUGCCUGAAGACUCAAAGCGCUUUGACAGCGUAGAUGUAGAAUUCAAGGAUCUCAUGAAAGAAGCAGCAAAUGUAACCAAUGCGGUAGAUUCUUGCAAUGUCGAUGGACGAUUAGAAAAGAUCGAACUUAUGCUUGCUGGAUUAGAAAAGUGCGAGAAAGCGCUCGCAGAUUAUCUGGAGACAAAAAGGCUCGCAUAUCCCAGGUUCUACUUUGUUGCAUCAGCAGAUUUGUUGGAUAUUCUGAGCAAGGGAAGCAAUCCGCAGCUGAUACUCAAGCAUUUGCCGAAAUGCUUCGACAACAUCUCAACUCUGGAGUUCAAGAAGGAUGGAGAUGGUCAUCCAACGAAGGAUUCAAUUGGAAUGUAUUCAGGAGAAAAGGAAUAUGUCACAUUUCAUGCUCCCUUCACGUGCGAGGGUCCGGUUGAGACAUGGUUGUUCAAUUUGACUGUCCAUACACAUGAAUGCCUGAAGCAUAUUCUCGUGGAGGCAGUCGGUGUAUAUGAAGAAAAGCCGAAGACAGAAUUCGUCUUUGAUUGGUGCGCGAUGAUUGCUGGAACGUGUUCGCGUAUAGCUUACCGCGAAGAAGUGGAUUUCACUUUUGAACAGAUGGAAGAAGGAAACGAGCAGGCCAUGCGCGAGUAUAGCGGCAAACAAAUCGAGCAGUUGACUUCCUUUGUCACUCUGAUCCUGGGCGAACUCAGCUCGAAUGAUCGCAAGAAGAUUGUCAUGAUUGUCACAGUCGAUGUGCACGCUCGUGAUGUGGUACUGGAACUGAUCGAAACAAAGGCAGAAAACAAUCAAUGCUUCCUGUGGAUGUCCCAGCUCAAAUUCAGCUUAGAUGAAAAGACUCAUUUGGGAAAGAUCAAUAUCUGCGACUACGAGUGUUUCUUUGGCUAUGAGUACAUUGGCAAUUGUGGAUGUCUUGUCGUCACACCACUUACUGACCGCUGUUAUAUCACUCUGACCCAGGCUAUGCGACUCAUUCUCGGAGGUGCUCCUGCAGGACCCGCUGGAACUGGAAAAACAGAGACAACCAAAGAUCUUGGACGAGCUCUGGGUAUUAUGGUGUACGUGUUCAAUUGCUCGGAUCAGAUGGACUAUAAGAGCAUGGGCCAGAUCUUCAAAGGGCUAGCACAAGCAGGGGCUUGGGGUUGCUUUGACGAGUUCAAUCGGAUCGACAUUUCCGUUCUCUCCGUGACGAGCACACAAUACAAAUGCAUCCUAGAUGCUAUUCGCGCAAAGAAACGUCGAUUUAUCUUCGAGGACGAUGACAUCCCCUUGAAUCAUGAGCCUUUCUGUUGCGGAUUCAUUACUAUGAAUCCCGGUUAUGCGGGUAGAACUGAAUUACCAGAAAGUGUAAAAGCGUUGUUUCGUCCCUGUGCAAUGGUUACUCCGGAUAUGGAUCUCAUCGCAGAAAUUAUGCUGAUGUCAGAAGGGUAUGCGGAAGGAAAGGUCUUAGCGCGAAAGUUUAUGAUCUUGUACCGGUUGAGUGAGGCCUUGCUGUCAGCCCAGCGUCACUAUGAUUGGAAAUUGAGGGCUGUAAAGACGACACUUGCUGUUGCUGGUGGAUUACGAAGAUUGGACCGUGAGAAUACAGAGGACAAAGUGCUUCUGAGGGCUCUCCGUGAUUUUAAUCUGGGAAAGCUUGUGGCGGAUGACGUUGGAAUUUUCAUGGGUAUGCUCAACGAUUUGUUUCCUCGUUCUCUCGACUUGGUGCCAAGAAAUAGGGACCUUGACUUCGAAGCAAAGUUGGCAGAGGCUGCCACUUUGUUGCGAUUGCAACCAGAGGACAUUUUUAUUCUGAAGUGCACGCAAUUACGUGAAAUCUUGGUCGUCCGUUGGUCAGUUUUUGUGCUUGGUCCAGCAGGUUGCGGUAAGUCAGAGAUGUUGAAGACUUUGUCCAAGGCUCAGAAUAUCUUUGGGGAGAAGAGUACAAUGAACUAUUUGAAUCCCAAGUCAGUAACCAGAAAUGAACUGUAUGGUUACAUUCAUCCAGCCACCAGAGAAUGGAAGGAUGGUUUGAUUUCCCAGAUUUUCCGUGAUUUAGCCAACACUACAACUGUUAAACAUGAAUGGAUUGUUUUGGACGGAGACAUCGAUGCUGAAUGGAUUGAGUCGAUGAACACUGUUAUGGACGAUAACAAGACCCUGACGCUGGCAAGUAAUGAAAGGAUUCCCCUUACGCCGCCAAUGAGGUUGCUCUUGGAGAUCGAAAACAUGCGCGAGGCUUCACCCGCGACCGUUUCUCGUGGUGGAGUGAUUUUUCUCAACGACACAGAUGUCGGGUGGGCACCAUACAUUGCUUCCUGGGUUCAGAACCGAGAGCUUGAAGGUGAACGUACAACCCUAACUAAGCUCUUUGAGGAAUACAUGGAAAAGACCAUCAAUUUUGUUUUCCGUAACUUCAGGAUGAUAUGUCCGCUGCCGAAGAUUAAUGCAGCGAUGACAACAUGCUAUAUCCUUGAAGGAGUUCUUGGAAAUGGUGAAUCGUUUGCUCAACAUCAGAAGCAGCUAGGACCUGAAGAUGGAUUGAAGCUCAUUGAGCAAGUGUUCAUCUAUGCACUCAUGUGGGGAGCUGGUGGUGCUCUCACGCAUGACAAAUCUGGAGAUUACAAGGAACAGUUCAACAAGUGGUUUCGCACUGAAUUCACUAAAUGUCCAUUUCCAGAAGAAGGAUCUAUCUUUGAUUACGUUGUCGACAUGGAGAACAACUGCUGGCAGCAUUGGAAUGACAGGAUUGCUGCCUAUGUGCAUCAACCAGGAAUCGUGUUCGGAAACAUCUAUGUCAAUACUUUGCAAACUCAACGCAUCACAGCUAUUCUUGAUUUGGUUGUUCCGUAUAGGAGGCCUGUAUGUUUUGUUGGUAGUGCAGGAACGGGCAAGACAACAAUCAUGAAAGAUAAAUUGCGAAACAUUGAUUCCGAACAAUUCCUCACCUUAGGAAUCAACUUCAAUUCCUUUACUGACUCCAUGAUUGCACAAAUGGCAAUGGAAAGUAUUUUGGAAAAGAAGACUGGCAGAGUGUUUGGUCCACCAGGAUCGAAACGGCUAAUUUACUUCAUUGAUGACCUGAACAUGCCUGUGGUGGACAAGUAUGGAACACAGCAACCGAUAGCUCUGCUCAGACAGGCCUUCGACUAUGCUGCAUGGUACGAUAGGAUCAAGUUGCAACCAAAAGAAAUCCAAAAAGUGCAAUUCCUCUCAUGCAUGAAUCCAACUGCCGGUUCCUUUGUCAUCGAUCCCAGGUUGCAACGAUCGUAUAUGACCUUUUCUGUAAUGAUGCCUUCGAACGAAGUUCUUAUGAGCAUCUACUCUGCUAUUCUUAAAGGGCAUCUUAGCAAUGGUUUUGCUCCCGAGGUGCUAAAGUGGGCUGAAAAUACUGUGCAAGCAACAAUAGAUUUGUACACGCAGGUUUCAAAGAUCUUCCUACCUACUGCCGUGAAGUUUCAUUAUCUCUUCAAUCUCCGUGAGUUGGCAAACGUCAUGCAAGGAGUUUGUCGUUCCAGGCCUCAGACUUGCGGCUCAGGAGUUCUUCUUGCUCGCUUGUGGUACCAUGAAUGUGAGAGAGUUUUCCUCGAUCGAAUGAUCGCUGAAGAUGAUGUGGACAAAUUUAAGCAGAUACUUAAUGACACCAACAAAAAGUAUUGGUCCGAAUUAAAUCAGGAGAAGUUGAUGGAAAGGCCAAACUACUUCACCACGUUCGCUGUACCUGGAGUAGACGAUUCUGAUAGGCCAUAUGCAAACAUCAGUGACAUUGACAAGCUUUGUGGAAUUGUGGAAGAUCGAUUGAGGGAAUACAACGAAAGCAAUGCAGUGAUGAAUCUUGUUAUGUUCGAACAAGCUGUGGAGCAUGUCUGCAGAAUUACACGAGUUAUUGAAUUGCCUAGAGGAAAUGCCUUACUCGUUGGGGUAGGUGGAAGCGGCAAACAAAGUCUUGCAAGACUUUCUGCCUUUAUUGUUGGUUACGAGUCAUAUCAGAUAACUGUCACCUCUUCAUAUGGAAUGGCUGAUUUCAAGGAGAAUUUGAUGGGGUUGUACAUUAAGUCUGGUGUGAAGGGAAUCGGGAUGGCUUUCAUCCUAACAGAUGGACAGAUCGUGAACGAGAAAUUCAUGGUUCUCAUAAAUGACUUCUUGGCUUCGGGCAAUAUUGCAGACCUGAUGCCGAAAGAAGAAAAGGACAACUGUGCCAACGCUGUGCGAGGUGAAGUCAAACAGGCAGGAUUAAUAGACACAGCUGAGAAUUGUUGGGAUUUCUUCAUCGAGAAGGUGAGAAAGAACCUUCAUAUGGUCCUGUGCUUCAGCCCUGUCGGUGACUCCUUCCGCAUUCGCGCUCGACAAUUUCCUGCCUUGGUAAAUGACACUGUUUAUGACUACUUCAUGGGUUGGUCUCAAGAAGCCCUCAUGAAAGUGGCAAAUAGAUUCAUUAAGGAGGUUGAGGCGAUCACAUCUGAGGAAGGGCUUCAAAACAACGUUGCAUUACACAUGGCGCAUGUCCAUCGUUCUGUCGAGAAUUGCUCUCUUGAAUUCUUCGAUGCGGAGAGAAGAUACAAUUAUACAACCCCAAAAUCAUUCUUAGACCUAAUUUCCUUGUACAAAAGCAUGUUAGCAGCAAAGAAGGAAGGCAUCAAAGUUCUUCGUGAGCGUCUAGAGAACGGACUUGAGAAGAUGAAUAGUGCUGCCGAGCAGGUAGCCGAGCUCCAGGAGAAUUUGGUGAAAGACAUGGCAGUUGUUGAAGCAAAGAAAGCAGCUACCGAUGAGCUCAUAGUUAUUGUUGGUCAGGAGACCGCGGUUGCGGAGGAGCAAAAAGCUGCUGCUGCCAUCGAAGAGGAGAAAUGCAGCAAGAUUGCAGAAGAGGUUAUGGCAUUUCAGGCUGAGUGCGAUAAAGAUCUGGCAGCGGCUGAGCCCGUUAUCCAGGAGGCAGAGGCAGCUUUGAACACGUUGGACAAGAAGUCGUUGACAGAAUUGAAAGCGUUGUCCUCCCCUCCAGCUGGAGUCGAUGAUGUCACAAGUGCUGUCAUGGUAUUGAUGGGAGGUGGAAAGAUCCCGAAGGACUUGAGCUGGAAUGCUGCCAAGAAGAUGAUGGGCAACGUUGAUCAAUUCUUGAAUUCUUUGAUCAACUUUGACAAGGACAACACCCCUGAGAUUGCUUGCACGUGGUGUGAAAAUAAUGUUAUAAACAAACCUUACUUCAAUACUGCAACAAUGCAAGCCAAGUCGCAGGCUGCUGCUGGGAUGACCUCCUGGGUUAUUAACAUCUGCAAGUAUUUCCGAAUUUAUCAGUACGUCGAACCAAAACGAAAGUUGCUGAAUGAAGCCAACCAGCGUUUAGAAGAGGCCAACACCAAACUUGCAGCUGUUCGAAAGCAAGUUGCUGAGCUGGAAGAGAAGCUUGCUGACCUUACAAGACAAUUCGAAGAAGCAACACAAGAAAAGAAUGAGGCCAUCGCAGCAGCAGAAAAGACGCAGAACAAGGCAAACAUGGCAGACAGGUUGGUGAACGGCUUGGCUGACGAGAAGGUCAGAUGGUCGCAGUCUAUUGAGAGGUUUGGAGUCCAGGAGCGCAACUACGUCGGAGAUGUGAUGAUUGCCUCUGCUUUUGUUUCUUACAUUGGAGCUUUCAAUCUUGCUUUCAGAGAGAAGCUCGUCAAUACUCUUUGGAUCACAGACAUGAUCGAGAAGCAGAUCCCGAUGACCGAAGGCAUUCAACCUCUCGACAUGCUUUGUGAUUCUGCAACCGUUGCUAUCUGGAAUAGUGAAGGCCUCCCGACCGAUACUGUCUCAACGCAAAACGGCGCCAUCAUGACAAAUUGUCAAAGAUGGCCUCUCAUGAUUGAUCCUCAGUUGCAAGGAAUCAAGUGGAUUAAGAACAAGUACACUAAGGAGGUGAAAGAAAUGAAAGUUGUUCAACAGACUCAAGACAAAUAUAUCAAUUUUAUUGAGCUUGCAAUGAGCAAUGGAGAACCAAUCAUGAUCGAGAAUGUCUCUGAGUCCAUCGAUGCCGUGCUUGAACCUGUCAUGAUGCGUGCUGUGAUUCGAAGGGGAAGAGCGCUUGUCAUCAAACUUGGAGAUAAGGAAGUUGAAUACGACGAGAACUUCAGGCUGUUCUUGCAAACGAAGCUGAGCAAUCCGCAUUACAAACCAGAAAUUGCUGCUCAAACCAGUUUGAUCAAUUUCAUGAUCACUCUCGAUGGUCUUGAAGAGCAGCUGCUGAACAAAGUCGUUGAGAAAGAAAGGCCAGAUUUGGGUGCGCAGAAAGCGCAGUUGGUAGAAGAUCAGAAUGGCUUCAACAUCAAGCUGAAGCAGUUAGAAGAUGAUUUGCUUUACAGCUUGAGCAAUUCGCAGGGUGAUAUUUUGGAGGAUAUUGCACUCAUUGAAGGCCUCGAACAAACCAAAAUCACUUCGACUGAGAUCAAACAGAAGCAAGAAUUAGGCAAGAUCACGGAGCAGGAGAUUGCCACGGCAAUGGAAAGUUACAGAGCAGUUGCCAUUCGAGGUGCACUAAUGUACUUCCUGGUCGAUCAACUUUGGGUUUUGUCGCACAUGUACAGAUUUUCCAUGGCAAAUUUCGUCACGAUGUUUAAGAAAGGAAUGGACAACGCAGACAUUUAUGAGGAAGGAGAGACUCCGCCGGAUCAGCCGGAGGAGGGAACCACGAUGACUCCUGCUCAACUGAAAUCAAGAGUUGAACGUCUGAUAGACAAGUCUUGCUAUACAGUCUUCCAGUAUAUUUCCCAAGGCUUGUUUGAAAGGCACAAGCUCAUCUUUGCUGCUCAACUUUGCUUCCGUGUGCUGGCAAGGAAGGGUGAGCUGGAUCAACGAAUGUUUGAAUUCUUGAUUCGAGCACCUAAGAACUUGUCUUCGGACAAUCCAUUGAAGGAAUGGUUAGACGAUGCUGCCUGGGGAGCUAUUGCGGCUCUUCAGGAUAUCACCGAACCAGUCAACUUUGCAUCGUUGCCGGAGGAGAUGGUCUCGUCCGCAAAGCGAUUCAGGGAGUGGUAUGAGCUCGAGAGGCCCGAAGACGCCGGACUACCGGGAGACUGGAAGAAGCUCGCUGAGUUCCCGAAGCUGUUGAUCAUUCGCUGCCUCCGCACAGACAGGAUGGGAGAGGCCUUGUCAACGUUUGUGAGGAAGGAGAUGGGAGAAAAGUACGUCACUUCUGUUCCUUUCAGUCUCCCAAGAUCGUUCGAGGAUGCUGCGCCAGACACGCCGAUCUUCUUCAUUUUGUCUCCUGGUGUCGACCCUGUGAAGGACACAGAAGAGAUAGGAAAGAAGUACGGGAUCUCAUAUGAUGCUGGUAAUUUCGGACUUGUUUCCCUGGGACAAGGACAAGAGCCUGUUGCAGAGAAGAUUGUCGAGACAGCUUACAAGAAUGGUGGAUGGGGAUUUUUGCAGAAUAUUCACCUGACACCAAGAUGGACAGCCGGCUGGCUUGAGAAGCGAUGUGAUGAUUUAUCUAGUGCUCAUCAGGAUUUCAGGCUCUUUUUAUCUGCCGAAGCUGCUAUGCUACCUAUCAACAUUCUUCAAGUUUGUAUCAAGUUGACGAACGAACCCCCAGAAGGGUUGAAGCCUAACCUCCUCAAGGCUCUGCUUCCGUUUGAUGAUGCAUUCUAUGAACAAUGCUCCAAGGUUGGUGAACUGCGCAGCAUCACAUUCAUGACGUGCUUCUUCCAUGCCAUCAUUCUUGAAAGGAGAAAGUUCGGCCCACAAGGAUGGAACGUGUUGUAUCCUUUCAACAUGGGCGAUCUCAUCAGCUGCGCGCAAGUCUGCGUCAACUACCUCGAGGCAAAUACCAAGAUUCCAUGGGCUGACUUGCGAUACAUCUUCGGAGAAAUCAUGUACGGUGGACACGUAACAAAUAACUUUGAUCGUCGGCUUGUCAGCUCGUACCUCGAGUCCUACCUCACUCCAGAGCUCUUGGAUGGCUUCCAGAUCUACCCGGGUUUCACGACUCCGUCCAACACGCUCAACACCAAACAAACGAUCGAAUACGUGCAGGAGGUGAUGCCGCAAGAGAGUCCCAUCGCUUACGGCAUGCACCCUAACGCAGAGAUCGGCUUCAGGUUUUCUCAAGCUGAGGCGAUGUUCCAGUCCAUCGUAGAGCUGAUGCCCAGAAGUGCAGCUGGUGGUGGGGGGAUGACGUUGCAGGACAAGGCAAAGGCAGCAUUGGAUGAUACACUCGAGAAGCUGCCAGACCAGUUCGUCAUGGUGGAUAUUCUUGAGCGCAUUGAAGAGCGCACGCCAUACGUGAACGUGUUCUUGCAAGAAAUAGAACGAAUGGUCAUCUUGACGACUGAAAUUCGUCGCUCGUUGAUAGAGCUGGAUCAGGGUUUGAAGGGAGAUCUUCAGAUCACUGACAAGAUGGAGAAGCUCAUGACCUCUUUGGCCGAGAACAAGGUACCUGAGAGCUGGGAGAACAUCGCAUACCCUUCGAAGAGACCAUACUCGUCGUGGUUGAUCAACCUGCUCGAUCGGCAGAAGCAGCUAGAUGUAUGGACGGGCGAGCUUGGCCUGCCCAAGUGCACCUGGAUAUCUGGCUUGUUCAGCCCGCAGUCGUUCCUCACUGCUGUGAUGCAGACGACAGCGCGAAGAAACGAAUGGGCAUUAGAUCGCACGGUGAAUCAAACUGAGGUGACGCGCUUCAUGGAGCCUUCACAGAUCCCCGGUUUUAACAAGGAAGGCGCGUACGUGAAUGGCCUCAUCAUGGAAGGUGCCAGGUGGGACGAGAAGACAGGAACAAUCGAAGACAGUCGUCCUAAGGAGCUUUUCGCAAAGAUGCCUGUUGUUCUCAUCAAGGCAGUGCCUGCGGACAAGGUCGAGACGGGAGUUUAUCAGUGCCCUGUCUUCAAGACUCAAAUCCGUGGAGCAGGAGGAGGAAAGGACACGUUUGUGUUCCUUGCUGGCCUCAAGACGAAGCAGAAGCCAAGCAAGUGGAUCCAGGCUGGUGUCGCGCUUCUCAUGGACGUAGUGAUCUAA